GUAAAGAGCCUUGAAAGCAUUGUCAACCCCGUGAGCGACUUCUUGGAGUUUUGCGCUCGCGUAUACCCAUCGCAAGACGGGCAGAAAAGCUCCAAUUCAUUUUACGGAAAUCGUCUCUUCGCCUCUAUCACGCUUCGCGCAUACUGCACUUCUAUACCAACCGAGCGAAGGAAAAGUCUCGGAAUGGCAGCCCCAACACCAGCUGUGCAAGAGCAUUACGGCAAGCGCGCCGAGGCCGACGGCGGCGUCAGUGCGAUCGAUGCGGAAACGCACAUCGUGCAGCCGAAAGGCAGUGACGCGGUAACCACCACCACGGCGGCGGCAUCCGGGAACGGACACGGCGUCGCGCAGUUUGUGGAUGGAGGGAGUACCACCGAGGGUGGAAAUGCGGUGCUGGAGAGUGAUGCGCAGACCAAGGGGCAGUGGUUUGCCUACGUGAAGACGAAACAAUUUUGGCUUGCGCUGCUUUUGGGCCAGGUUCUUGCCAUCUGCAUUACCUCCACCAACACGCUCAGCCAGUUGCUCUCCUUCGAAGGCACCAGCAUCCCUGCUUUCCAGACCUUCUUCAAUUACGUCCUACUCAACAUUGUUUACACCGGCUACACGCUCUACAAAUACGGGUUCAAGAAGUGGGGGCGCAUGGUUAUCAAGGAUGGCUGGCGUUUCCUGAUCCUCGCGUUUUUCGACGUCGAGGGUAACUACUUCGUCGUUCUGGCGUACAGAUACACUACCAUCCUUUCUGCGCAGCUCAUAAACUUCUGGGCGAUCGUAGUCGUCGUGUGCAUAUCGUUCUUCUUCCUCCGCGUACGCUACCACUACCUACAAGUCCUCGGAAUCUUCCUCUGCAUCGGAGGAAUGGGCAUCCUCUUUGGUUCCGACCACCUCACAAAAUACAACGACUUCCCUGCCGCAGACGCUCUUAAAGGUGACCUCUUCGCCCUCCUCGGAGCCACCCUAUACGGUAUCACCAACGUCUUCGAAGAGUACCUCGUCAGUGAGCGUCCGCUAUACGAAGUUGUUGGCCAGCUCGGAUUCUGGGGUAUGCUGAUCAACGGCGCACAAGCGGGCAUCUUCGAUCGCGCUUCGUUCCGAACUGCUACGUGGAAUUCUGCCGUCGGCGGUUACCUUACUGGAUACACUCUUAUCCUGUUCUUGUUCUAUACACUUGCGCCAGUCAUGUUCCGUCUCACUUCGGCAGCCUUCUUCAAUAUCAGUUUGUUGACGGGUAAUUUCUGGGGUGUGGCUAUUGGUGUCAAGGUCUUCCACUUGCAGAUCCACUGGAUGUAUCCCAUUGCGUUCGUGUUGAUUCUUGUGGGCCAGGUCAUUUACUUCUUGAGGCAGGGGACAUUGGCUGAACAAGUUAAGCCUUGGCUUGGAGAAGGCCAGGAGGAGGGCGUUUCGGGGAUUGGGACCGCGAAGAGAAGGGUCGAACACCCAGAUGCUGUUGUGUAG